GUCGUUCGUGUCUACGACGACUGUACAAGAAAGGUCGGCGCAGACUCCUACAUUUCGAACUUCAUUAUUUCAACAGUCACAAAACAAAACUUCAAUACGAUCUCGACAAGCAGAAACGUCUGCACUUGUACAAUCUACUCCUUAUUCUAAACCAAGACAACAGCUAAUAUCUAAACCGCCUAAGAAGUCCCUCCCACUACCUUUUCUAGUUCGCCAACUGAUUAUUAAGCAAGAGCUACCCAGAAAUAAAUAUCAAGAUCAUGUAAACAACUCGAAAACUAUCCUAAUGUAUCAUGUUGGAUUGUUUGGGUUUCUAUUCGUCAUUACGUCUACCCAAUUUCAUCGUGAAUUUGUUAUGAUAACACUUGGACAACGUUGGAGUUCUGCUCCUAUUAUAAUACAUAGUGUGGAAUAUUUGAUCUUUAUCUUUCUAAUAUUUGGUUUAUUACGAUUGUGGUUUGUUAAUUAUCAAUGGAAAAAGGAGGAAAUUAGAAUCGCGGAAAUUAGAGCAAAAAUAGAAAAAGAAUUAGACGAAAGUACUGAUGCACCAAUAAUAAGUACAAUCACAAAUGGAUCUUCUAAUAAUAAAUUAAUACGUGAUUCAGGUAGGACUCAUGAUACUACUAUCAUACCCGAUACAACAGUUCCUGCCAGUGGAACUACUAUCGUACCUGUUACAACAGUUCCUGCCAGUGGAACGACAUCAACUUUUGGUCUACAUCCAAUUGUACCUGACACAACAGUUCCUACCAAUGGAACAACAACAACAACUUUUACUGGCCUAAAUUCACCAACUGCUAGCAUUCCUAUUCCUGUGACUACAUUUGGCACUUCUACACCUUUCACGCCUAACGCUUGGUUACGUGAUGGUUCGCCAAUUCAGGUUAAAGUUCCUCAUGCCAAAUACCGUACAACAACUUUCGUUACUCCUAUGGCAUCUAAUGAGCGGUCAGUCAGUAUUAAAAGACGGGUUCAUGGAGGUAUGCCUCCAGACCCUGACCCGGAUGAAGGAAUCGAAUAUUAA